AUGCCAAGGGACACGGAGAAGACAAUCAUCGUCGACGACGACAGCACGAGCGUCAACAAAAUAGGCAUAAGAAUACCACCAUUUUGGCCGGAGGAUGCAGAGCUAUGGUUCGCGCAGCUGGAGGGAACAUUCACCUCGUGCGACAUAGAAGACGACGCAACGAAGUACGCAUACGUCCUGUCCAGGAUAGAGCCAAAACAAGCCAGGGAAAUAAAAGACAUCACGCAGCCGCCACCGAGACAAAAAUACGAAGCGAUAAGGAAGAUGCUGAUACAGAGACUCACGGCAUCACAGGACCAAAGAAUUAAACAACUUCUAGAACACGAAAAGCUGCGAGACAGAAAGCCCUCGCAGUUUCUCCGACACCUCAAAACCUUGGCCGGCAUAACAGUCUCUGACGAGCUACUGCGCACAUUAUCGCUAGGCCAAUUACCAAUGCAAAUGCAGGCCAUUCUAGCAAUGCGCGCACAGGAUAAAUUAGAAGACGUCGCAGAACAGGCCGACAGAAUCCACGAAAUAGGGAGUAGAUCACUAGAGGUAGCAACUACGCAAGUGGCAGUCACGCCAACACGAAUCCCAUAG